AAAACGGUAACCUUUAGGAGAAAACAAAACGGUCCCAUUAAAAAUAAAAAUUUGAGCUUCUGUAUCAUAACUUUCUCUGUUCGUCUCCUCCGAAUUUUCUUGGUCUGGACGACAACAUCAGGGAUUUCGACAGCACGACCUUAGGUCUAGUCCAGAAGUGGAUUCACUCGAUCAUUUUUGGGGUAGCUGUGCUGUUGACCAGACCAUGGACAGUGGAGUUAGCACCCAACCUAAAUAUCAACAGAAGCAAAUGGGGUAUCAAGAGAAGAAGGCAGCAGUCGAGGGAGAGAUGAACAGAAUGAACCGACUCCCUGCGAACAGCACUUAUGCUGUUCAUCGCAUACGGGUCCUCAAUAAAAUACUGCAACUUUUGUCCAUUCAGAGAACUGCAUCGCAGGAUGAGGAGUUGGAGUUGCUUUUUUCUGGGCUGUCUCUGUGAACCAGCCUGUCUAGGCAGUGGACGUCAGAUCUUGGAUUCCUCUAUUCCUGUUAAAAAUAUGGUCAGGCCGUGUGUGCAAUGUACAAGAGUGGUGCACAGCCGUACGCUGAUGUUUAGUGGUUGUCAAUAUGUUUUGUAGCUAUGUGGAGAUGCCUAUCAACAUGCUCUGUAUAAUGUGGAUCGAUGAUCUGUAUCUUUGAUGAUCAAUUCGGCCUGUUUGGAGGUGUGGCCGCGCAGCCACCUACCAACCCUUAUGUUUAACUUUGGCCUGUUUGGUUUUUACUUUUUGAAUUUUGCUUGAUAUCAUAUAUUAAUGGACUUUUGGACUACCCCCAUUAA